AUGUGUUUCCUUGACUUCUUUUCAAGCAAUCCGUGUUCACUUCACGGCGCCCAACUUGCUUCUUUCAUACCAAGCCAGCAAAGUUCAUUUUUCUACGAUGAUGAUGAUGACUUCUUUUUCCUUCUUUCUUUUUUUCGACAAACAUUCUUGUCUUUUUUUCUUUCUUUCCUUUUUAUUUCUUUUUUUUUUUUUGACAAUCACUCUUUUUAUUGCUAUCUUUAUCACCGUUUCUUUCUUUUUUCUUUCUUUUUUUCUUUCUUUUUAAUUAUCCUUUUUUUUCAAAUAUCCUUUUUAUUUAUUUCUUUUUUUAACAAUUACUCUUUUCUUUCUUUUUUGACAAGCAUCUUUUCUUUUAUUAUUUAUCUUUCUUUCUUUCUUUCUUACAAGCACCUUUUUACCUUUUUAUCUUUAUUUCUUUCAUUUGCUUUCUUUUCUUUUUACAAGCACGCUUUUCUUCUCUUUUUGACAACCCGAAAGGUCACACGACAGGACACUAAAUACGCCUCCGUGGUACAAGCCUUACCAGCAUCAGUCGUUGAAGAAGUGGAAGACAUCCUUCUCAAUACCCCGGACCAACUCCCGUACACCUGCCUCAAAGAAGCCAUCCUGAAACGAACUGGACGUUCGGACGAAGACCUCAUCAGAGACUUAUUCUCCAAUGUGUCUCUCGGCGAUAGGACACCAUCCCAGCUCCUCCGCCUUUCAAUGAAAUACUUGCUUCGCAGUUGUCCCCUCCUUUUCCUUUUCUCUUUAACUUUCCUAAUGGAGUCUCGUCACAAAAACCUUGCGCAAAAAUUGUUUGACGUUGGAUGUGUGAAAUUUGGAUGUUUCACACUAAAAUCCGGAAUACAAGCCCCCAUUUACUUUGACUUAAGAGUCAUUGUUUCGUUUCCCCAAAUUUUGAGCGAUGUUGCUGACUUGAUGUUUGAAAUGCUUCCUGAAGAUAAACGUAAUUUCUCUCGAAUAUGUGGUGUGCCUUACACUGCACUUCCUAUUGCAACAUGCAUCUCUCUGAAGCAAAAUAUUCCAAUGUUGAUCAAGAGGAAAGAAGCCAAAGAUUAUGGUACCAAGAAAAUGGUUGAAGGCAUAUUUAACAAGGGAGACAAGUGUCUUAUUAUUGAAGAUGUUGUCACUAGUGGCAGUAGUAUCUUGGAGACAGUACAGUCCUUACAGACAAUCGGUGUGGAAGUUACUGAUGCUGUUGUUUUACUGAAUAGAGAACAGGGAGGUGAAGCUAACAUCACCAAAAAUGGCAUCACUUUGCAUAGCGUGUUUACUAUGUCUCAGAUUAUGGAUGUUUUGAGAGAGACAAACAAGAUAUCUCCAAGCACUGUGUCAAGUGUGAUGCAGUUCAUCUCAGAGAAUCAGGUUUUGCCUCCUGUUACAAAAAAAAACACCGUGAUCGAUAAAGAUAAUUUAACCAAUUCCAGUGUCGUUAAGGCUCUAAGUUUCCAAAAACGAGCUGAACUCUGUAAACAUCCUGUUGCCAAGAAACUGUUCACAUGUAUGGCUGAGAAGAAAACUAAUCUGAUUCUUUCUGUUGAUUUAACCUCAGUUUCUGAAAUCAUUGAAGCGAUUGAAAAGAUUGGUCCCUUUGUAUGUGCAGUGAAGACACAUGUUGAUAUCAUCAAAGAUUUUAACAAUGAUUUUCCAGUCAUGUUAACCAAGUUGUCAGAAAAACACAAUUUUGUUAUAUUUGAAGACAGGAAAUUUUCAGAUAUUGGUUCCACUGUACAGAAUCAAUAUGCAGGUGGGCUCUUCCGCAUUUGUGACUGGGCACAUUUAGUAACUGUUCAUCCAGUGCCUGGUUAUGGAGUCAUUGAAGGACUGAAGGAUAUUGGUUUGCCCAAUGGCCGAGCUUGUGUGUUAGUGGCAGAGAUGAGUUCAUCAGGAAAUCUUGCUAAAGGAGAUUACACAACAGAAGCAGUCAAGAUGGGUGCAGAACAUGACGAUUUUGUCAUUGGAUAUGUUUGCCAAAAUAACCUCACUUUUGACCCCAAGUUUAUUCAUAUGACUCCAGGUGUGCAACUCGUUCCUGGAAAAGACAAUCUGGGUCAACAAUAUCUGACCCCCAGAGUGGCUAUUUACAGUUUAUGA